GGGGCGGGUGUUGACCUCGACCAUUAUUAUGCGACGUUAGCGAUGAACGGCGUCCGCAGAUUUCUGGGCGCGGCGACCGCGAGCCCACCGCCAGCGCCUGAAGAUGCGCCAGUGGUCCCCCCGCUCGUGCCCAGAAACGGGCCCUCCUGGCCUCCGAAUAAUGCUGGCAGCCCCGACAGUUCCCCAUACACUAGUCCGAAGAUGAACACUGCCGCGCUGUUCCUCAGGAAGGACAAGCAGAAAGCUCCCCCGCCCCCUCCGCUCCCGAACGACGACGACUCGCCCGGCUCGUCUGCGCGUACAUCCGGCGUCUCGAGCAUGAUGACUAGCCAAGGACAGACGUCGGCCACGUCCUCGCCAAGCCGGCCAUCCAUGUCGCUCAGCAAGUCCACUCCAAUACCUGGCAGCUCGCGACCCGAAUGGAAGCGUUCCUCAACACUGGUCAACUUGCGGGACGAGCUCCUCGUCAGUCUACUGGCUAGCGAGGCCGCGAUCGACAGUCGGGACUUCGAGAUCCUAAGCUCGGAGGAAGUAGAAGAUCUGAAGAAGGAGGAACAUGUUCUGGCAUCCCGCCUGGUCGCCGCGAACAAAAAGGUCGCUCUCGAGACCAAGAUCCGCGAUGCUGCCAUAUCCCUGUCCAAAGUCAACUCCUCGCAUCGCAAGGUGUCCAAGCAAACCGAAGAGCAGCUCGGCGCCGCCAAUCGCCGCGUAGAGACUGCGCAGAAGGAGCUCUGGCGCGUGUCUGAGCGCGCGAACGAGGUCCAUCGCCGGUUGCUUGAGCAUCGCGCAGGCGUCCUCAGCCUUUCUGUCCGCUCUCUAGAGAAGAAGAAUGCGCCGCCACCACCAAACAACGAUGCUGCCGGCCAUGACUCCGGUUACGACACCCCUAUGAGCCCCGUCUCCGCCUCGACCUCGUCUGCGCGCACUCACGCUGCGGCCCGCUUCGAUGGCGCGCAUCUGUUUGCCGGUCACGCGGAUGCGGUUGUUCCCAAGCGCAAGUCGCCUUCCGGGGGUGCCGACGAGAUCGAGGCCCUAGAACAGAAGCUGAAGGUCGCCACGGAAGCCCUCGCUGCAGCUGGGAAGAAGCAGGCCGAGAUGGCACGUGAGCUAUCCAUCAUGCGACUGGAGAAGGAAACCGUAGAGUUCGAGCUGCAAGGCGCGGGCGAUACCAUAGCCAAUCUAGAAGAGGAGCUGCCGAAGGUCGAAGAGGAGAUCCAAGGUCUCAUGCGCGAGCGCGAGGGCUGGGAUGAGGAGCGUGCACAGUGGCAAGCGAAACUUCAAGAGGCGACUGCGCGUGCACAGGAUGCAGAUACCCGGUUACAAGAGAUGGAGGGUUUGCUUGCGGAUAGCGAGGGUCGUAUACGAGACGCCGACGAGCAACUACGAGCUACGCAAGAGCGGUUACGCGACAGCGAAGAUCACCUCCGCGACCGCGAGCGAAGGCUACAAGACGCCGAGAUCACCUCACGCAAUCAAGGCGAGAGCGAGAGUGCAGAAGCUGCAAGGUUACGACAAGAACUGCAAGCAGAACGUGACCGCCUCAACCUGGGCAUUGACACCGCACGCGCUCUGAUUGACGGGCACGGCAUCAAGCUCGGUGUCUCUGCAAGGGGAGGCGAGUCUCUGGAGCGCUAUCUUGACGCCUUGGGCAUCCAUCUCGAGACCAUCGCUGCUGCUUCAGCAUCUACAGAGCGGGAGCGGCAGGAAUGGGAGGAAACCAGAAGACGACUCGAAGAUGAGGUGCGCUCAGCAUACGAGCGGCGCGAGGGCCUGGUGCGUGAAGUGGAGGAGGCAAGAAGGGAACGAGAGGAGGCUCGGAGGGACGCGCGUGACUUAGAAAUCAAAGUCAAGGAACUCGAGGUCCGCACACCUCAGACUCCAGCGUUGUCCAUCCCUCUUCCACCGCUUGUCGAGCUGCCGCCUUUGCCCGAAGGUCCCGUCGAGUAUGUGGGCGAGGCGGCUCACUUCGCCAAAGUAUUACAACCACUUUGGGCGAUCCUUCCCUCACCAGAGGCGCGCGCGACGCAGUUCAGCCGCAAUGGGGGAAGUCCACGGGCCUUCCGCGCUGCGUCGAGCGCCAACGGAUCUCCAGCUCCUGUUGCGUCCCUAUCAGAGCUCGAUGUUCGGUCACUCAAGUCAUUGUACGACGCCAGUCCGUCUCGCUCGCCGAACGUCAACACAAGUGCACAGCAAUUCACCGUGGAGGCUUUCGCGCAUCGCGUGCAAUCCCUCAUCAGUGACGACCGCGCCCUGAUUGAACGGCUCGUACGCUUCGCGAAGGCGCACGAGCUGCUCAAGAGGAACGCCGAGCGCGCACAAAAGCUUGCGCAAGAAGGUAGCUCUGCACUAGAGACGUAUCAGAAGCAGGUGAUACACCUCGAGGACCGCAAUCGCGACCUGAACAACCGGCUAGCUGGGAUGUCGCAAGAGUUGGGGGAGUUGCAGGAUGCCGUCGACCGUAUCACCCAGGAGAAGGCAGAGAUAGAGAUGCAGGCAGCCGAACAGGCGCAGACGAUGGACCAGCUGCAGGAAACGAACAACACGCUGAGCGCCAAGACGUUGUCGCUCGCGGAGGAGGUCGUCGCCGCGCCCGAGGGCGUCAAGCGACAGCUCGACGAUGCGAAGAAGCAGCUCGCGUCCGUGCAGCAGCAGCUUGCGGAGGUGCAGCGCUCGUAUGCGGACAGCGUCACAAAGCUCGCCGCCUUGCAGAAGGAGCUCGACGAGACGCGCGCGGCGAAGAAAGCCGCCGAAGACGACCGCGACGAACUCGAGCGCGUGCGUAACGGAGAGCAGAUGCAGAAGGCGCUCCUCCUAGACGAGCUCAACGACCUGCAAAUGCAGAACGGGCAGCUCAGGGAGCAGAUCCGGGCGAUCAAGAAGUAGCUUCACUUCCCCUCACACCCGUCCACCUUUCGUACCACCGAGGGACCGUACUUUCGUGUUCAGUAGCCUUUGUUUGCGACCGCCGGAGCCUACCUUCAUUUUACUCUUUCUCCUAAUUUAUCCACAUCUGUCGUCCCGUUCUUUCGCUGUGUUUUGCACGUACCUACUCACCACGGAACCUCUGUAACAUAUGAUACCUUCCCGGAGGGAUACACGAGCUUGCAGAUCCCAGCCGCUAAUGUCCCAUUUUGCUUGCCUCAAAUAUGGCUGGACGUAUGCAUAUAUGAAUUUCCACAGCGAUGAGGUUUUGUUUACGGCCAGGGAGACGAGCGAAGGUACGUACGCGGU